UUGCAGAUGGAUGCAUCGUUCAUCGUCCGUGUUGACUGCCUCGACAUCCCAAUCACAGUUUUGCCCCCGUCCGUAGAUGCAAAUAUUCGGUCGAGGUUGGCUGUGAAACUUCAUUUGUGCAACCACAGGUGGGACAAGUGGAUUGUUGUCGCCGAAUGUAGCCUGAACAAUGUCAUCUUCACAAAAGGUUGGCGUACCUUUCUUCAUGACAAUGGUAUAGAAGAAGGGGACACUAUUGUUUUCAACCAUGUUACAGUUGACAUGUUCGAAGUUAUUUUUUUCGAUAAACAAGGAAGUGUGAAAUCUCCUCCCGCAAAGGGAACUCAAUCACCUUAUGCUGGUCGAAUGGAUUUUAUGACUUAG